AUGACCCGCACAGAGCCGGACGGGAAGGAAUUGGGCGGCCGCGUGGCGGCCAUCCUGGCGCGCUGCCGGCAGCUGCACGUGGAGCCGGCCCAACUGCGCAGCCUGUCCGGCUACGACCGGCUGCAGCGGGCAGAGCUGUACACAGUGCAAGGCCUGUCGCGGCUCAUCUUGUGGGUGGAGGGUCUCGACGUGGAGAAUGAGCCGGUGGGUACAGUGGCGAGCAUGCAGGGCUCCAGGGUGCGCGUUCGUCGCAGGUGCUCAGAUGUGCUGGACGUGGACCGGGUCUCCAACAUCACUCCGCAAGAGUUCGAGCUCAAGUACGCGUACUCGGGCCGACCCGUCAUCAUCACGGACGGCACCGCCAACUGGACGGCCCCCGCCGUCUUCAACUUCCAGUUCUUCAAGGAGCUGUAUGCGGAAAGCUCGGGGAGACUCGCGGCGGACAGCACGGAGAGGGGCUGCCAGUUCUUCCCAUACAAGACUGACUUCGACGGCCUGAGUGACGUGUUCUCCAUGUCGGCGGCCCGGGCCAACAUGCAGAAGGGCGAGGAGCCGUGGUACAUCGGCUGGUCUAGCUGCGACUCGGCGGCGGGGAACGAACUGCGCCGCCACUACACCCGGCCUUACUUCCUGCCGGAGACGGCCGAGUUGAGCCGACUCGACUGGAUCUUCAUGGGCACGCCCGGAUUCGGCGCACAUUUGCAUGUUAGUUGCACAGUCACUGUUGUCCCGUUGCAACAUGUGUUUGACACAUAUAGCAAAGGACUCCGCCACCCUAGUGGAAUUUAACAUUACGUCUAUGGGCGUCGCAUACAGAGACAGACCCUAAAUCUCCGAUGAACCCUCCUAACUUUGAUCCAAGAAGGAAACCCAGAUUUUUUUGUUUUGGGCAGCCGUAGCAUGAUAAUAAUCAUGGACAAUUACCAUCCCAAGCAGCCCAUCCUUAAAACACUUCCUACUAAGCCUACUUAAGAGACCGCCCUGUAUCGACUGUCCGGUAUUGCGGCAGCCAUGCUGGAUAAAUUUAAUAUAAGCGCA